AUGCCUCCAGAUCAUGACUGUUCCUUUCGCCGGCUACCGGCCUCUGUCCACACCCUCGUCGUCGGCUCGGGACCAUCGGCGCUCUACCUGUCGUUUCUUCUGAACGGAAACUUACCGUACUAUGACCCAGACACGAAUGGACCUCAUCCUGAUCGCCUGCUACACACGAAGCUCGAUGCAUCCAAGGAUCAACCUCUGUACGACGCAAUGGAUGAUCUCCCCGCGUUAACGGCCCAUUUCGGUUCGAGUAUCUCGUAUUCAUCGACGGCCCACAAGGCCAACGUCCUCGUGGACGCCCUGAGUCAGCCGAAUGUCGACAUCGACUUUGAUCCCGUUGCAACCGGCACGCGGGUACGAUAUCAGUACGAUCCAGGAUACAAGAUGGAUCAUGUCGUCGUUGGAUGCAGUACACUACCAGGGGGCCAGUGGAGUGACGUAUUGGACGGGUAUGAGGAGAAGGGUGAUGAUGCGCACACGCUGAGUUAUGCAGAGACACUCUCGCUGCCCGGAUUUUCUUUUCGUCACUUUUACGAAACGCAUAUCGAAGCUGAGAUGCCGCGCUUCAUGCGACCACGAAGGAGCGAUGUGGCACGGUACUAUUCGAUGUAUCCGCAGAAAGUUGGUAUUGAAGAGAACGUCUUUUCCAGGCUUACUGUGACCAACAUCGUCCGGGAUGAUGGUGCUGGCUUCUUGGUAUCUGUACAAUGCGGAGAGAAGGUGGAUCUGAUCCGGUGUCAACAUAUAGUGCUAGCGUCGGGUCUCUUUUCACAUCCCUGUCCACCACCGGAUACCGUUGCGCCGUACGUCGAUAAUGACGCUGAUAGACCCCGUGGUCGUACUCUAUAUGAUUCUGCCAUCCUCUCCGAACUGGCUUCCGCCUCGUAUGGCCCUGCAGACGAAUAUCCCCCGGACACUUCUUCCGACAGCGGCGUUGCGCUUACUCUGCCUCCGACUCCAACCUUACCUCCGUUGCCAGUCCUGGUAAUCGGGUCGGGAUUCUCUGCAGCGGAUUAUAUCACCACCCUGCCCCUAAAUCGGCCGUUGGUCCAUAUGUACUAUUGGGAUCCACUCAACAGGCCGAGUCCGUUAAAAGCGUGCCAUCCAGAAGCAUAUCCCGAAUACUCGCGUCUAUAUCAGCAUAUGAAAUACUUUGCUACGGGACAUGGUGCUACUGGACCCUAUGAAGGAAUUGCAAACGGCGAAGUUCUUCUUGUGAAAGAGGUGAAUGAAGGAUUGGGAUGUACGAUACGAUUGCAGAAUGGACAACAUACUACGAGACUUGUGGAGGCGAUCAAACCUUUCACCGGCCGGAGAAUAAAGAUGAAUUGGCUUUCGCCGUCAUUGCGGGAUGAAAUGGGAGUAAUAGAUCCGGAGGGGUGGAUUGGACGGGAUGGUUUCAAGCAAGAGAUUUUGGAAAGGGGAUGGGAAUUGGCAAAUGGCGUUUGGGUUUGUGGGGCGUUGGCUGGUGAUUCUCUGGUACGAUACGGUUUGGGCGGAGUUAUAUCGGUGGCAAAGGAGUUGACGAAGCACCCUGAGGGACAUAUCUAA